AUGGCAGACCCACUCUCUGUUGUGGGGAGCGCGGUUGGAAUAGUGUCGUUGGGCAUCCAAGUCGUUCAUUCAAUCUACGACUAUUACACAGGUCUCAAAGACCAGCACUCAAGCGUCGGUCAUACAUUACGAAAAACCGAUCACCUACUUGGUAUUCUCAACAAUCUGCAGUCUCGGCUCAAAUGUCGUUCAUUCAGAGCCGAUGAGACGGAUUUGGUUGUUAAUGUCCAAUCUGCCGUCGACCAGUGCAACGAGUGCAUCCAAGAACUACAAAAUGAAGUGGACAAGUUCAAGAUGACUCCCGUGGAGGGACUUUGUGCUGCUGCACAUCAGCUCGGUCGGCGGUUAGCAUAUCCGAUACGGCAAAGCACUCUCCUCAAGCUCAAUGAAGAUAUCUACGAAUUAGUGGUCCACUUGUCUCUGGCAUUGCAAUUAUUGGAGCACAGUACCAUAGAUCGCAUUACUGAUUCUGUCGACGACGUCAGAACCGUGCUGGAUCUGGUGCGCAGCUCGCAGGUCUCUUUUGAAAUUCGAGAGUGGCUGAAGGCGCCUGAUGCCUCCACUAAUUUCAACGAGGCAUGUAAGAUGAAGCAUGCUGGAACUGGCAUGUGGUUCAUCAAAAGCUCUUCCUUCGCAAAUUGGCUUCAUCAAUCUUCAUCAUUUCUUUGGUUGCAAGGUUUUGCCGGCUGCGGAAAGACCGUCUUGUGUUCCACCGCGAUACAGCACACCCUCCGACAUCGCCGGUCCGCCAAGGACAUUGGCAUCGCAUUCUUUUUCUUCACCUUCAACGACGAGAGCAAACAGGAUGCUUCGGCUAUGCUCCGAGCGCUGCUGUUCCAAUUGACCAGCCAGCUUAAUGACACGCCUCGGGCUCUGAAAGAGUUGAGAGACAAAUAUUGCCCCGGCACGCCACCUGAGCAGGCUCUUUUGGACUGUCUUUACAAGGCGGUGAGGGAAUUCCGUGAAGUCUACAUUCUCGUGGAUGCUCUGGACGAAAGCCCACGAAACAAAUAUCGCCAAUCGGUACUUGAGUGUAUCCAAGAUAUUCGGGCGUGGUCGCAGCCCGGAGUCCAUCUCCUGGCCACGAGCCGGGAUGAGCCCGAUAUUCGCAGACGGCUUGAACAGGCAGGUUGCGAAACCUUAUCACUCAGAAACACUGGUGUCGACAAGGAUAUAGCUUCUUUUGUCUCCUCACACCUUCGUGCCGAUCCAGACUUAUCAGAGUGGCAAGAAUUCUUUGACCGAAUAGAAGAGACACUCAUCCAAAAAGCCCAGGGCGUCUUUCGUUGGGUUGAAUGCCAGCUGAAGGCUCUUUUAACCUGCCCAAAUAGUGAAUACUUUCUCGAUCAGCUGCUUGAAUCUCUGCCCGAGACGCUGGAUGAGACCUAUACACGGAUGCUGCAGAACAUUCCCUCUAUGUACAAACAUGACGCUCGACAGAUGUUGGCCAUUCUCUCGUGUGCUAUGCGGCCUCUGACCGUACCAGAAUUGAUCGAUGCUCUUGCCACCGAGACUAGCGAGAAUCCUCGGUUCAACUCAAAACGACGUCUCAAAAGCCUUGACUCCAUCCAGAAGCUGUGCCCCGGAUUCACGGAAAUUGAUACUCACCCAGGCAAUGGGGUACAGACUGUACGCCUAGCCCAUUUCUCGGUACUGGAAUACCUGGAAUCAGAGCGGGAUGCCCAAAAUGGCCAAGUCGCAUUCUUUAAGUUGUGUAGACAGGAUGCAAACAAUCUGAUGGCUUAUGUAUGCUUGACUGUACUGCUGGAACCAGGACUAGCUGAGUGCGAGCAACAGAUUGAGAGUAUCCGAAGCCAAUAUCCUUUGGUUGAAUAUGCCGCAGAGUAUUGGCCAUGUCAUCUCCAAGAGGGGAAAGGGUCAGACCUCGUUGAGAAGCAGGUGAUGCGUUUGUUUCUUGAGACGAACGGCGCUUUUGAUACCUGGGCAGGUAUACAUGGCCCCUUUGGACACUUUGACUCAAAAUGGUAUCACUGGUCAAGUCCUGCGUAUGUCGCCUCACUUCUGGGAUACCACUCGGUAAUCACUGCGAUGCUCAACGAGCAAUGUGGUGACAAUUUCGGGAUCGACGAAGAACUUUUACAUGAAUGCGAUGAUGAACAUCAAACUGGGAAUACCGCACUAUAUGCAGCAGCGCGCAAUGGCCACAAAGACGUCAUCCAAGUUCUAAUCAACAUGGAAGCCAACGCGGAGUGUUUGGUACCGGGACAAGACACACCGCUCAAUCUCGCAUCAGAUAUUGACCCUAAAAGCAUUGUCGAACUAAUGUUACUCUACCGCGAGCCUAUGUUUGAUACCCAACAUAAACAUAGUCCGCUCUCUGCGGCAGCGGAAAAUGGCCAUACUGGCAUUGUAGAAAUACUACUUGACUACAUGCCGGCUGUUCAGGUACACCGCGAUUAUGCGCUCUUACGGUCAUCGACUCGGGGUCAUCAAGAUAUUGCCAAACUCCUUCUUGACGUGGGAGUUAAUGUUAAUUUUGAGGAUAAUGGCGACACACCGCUCACAUUGUCAUCUAAAAAUGGGCACAAGGCAGUGAUUGAGCUCUUGCUUGAGAGCGGAGCUAAUGUCAAUGGUGGAUCAUUCCAACAGCCACUUGCCGCCGCAUCGAGAGAGGGUCAUGAAGACGUAGUUGAGUUACUGCUAGACCGUGGAGCAGAUGUAAAUGGCAGAGUCGAUGCCUGGACGCCGCUUGCGGAAGCAUCACGCGGAGGUUGGAAACACAUCGCAGAGCUUCUGCUUGACCGAGGCGCCAAUGUCAAUGGCCAUUCAACGAUUCUCGUCAUGACACCACUGGUGGUAGCAUCGAGAGCUGGCAAGAAGGAUAUUGUGAGACUGCUCCUUGAGAGAGGUGCUACCGCCGAGUGGGAUGGGCUCACCGAGUUUUACCCUUUCGUUGAAAAAGACGAUCGUGAAGCGGUGCAGACGCUACUGCGUAAUGCCUACUGGGCAGAGUGA